AUGGGAGCGCAGGGCGGGCGGUUCGAAGGCGCGAGGCUGAAGGCGGGAAGCAGCCAUGGCGGAGGCGGCGCUGAGCAGCUCCGGAACGCCCCGGAAACGGAGCCGGGAGCCCGACAGCUCCUGCUCGGAAUUCCGGACCCCGCAGCGCAAACGGCCCCGAGCUGCUCCGGGAUCUGCAUCCCACAAUUCCCAAAAUUCCUGGAAUUCUCCCAGCCCCGAGCAGGAAACCCGGGAGAAAGCGGCGCCGUCCCGGAGGCUGCAGCUCCCAGCGGAAAUCUGGGAAUUCCAGCGGGAAAUCUGGGGAUUCCGUCGGGAAAUUCGGGAAUUCCAUCGGGAAAUUCGGGAAUUCUAUCAGGAAAUUCGGGAAUUCUGGCGGGAAAUCCAGGAAUUCCCAGGAAUUCCCACUUUUCCGUGGGGGUGUUUUAUGGGCAGAGGAAUUACCUGGAUCCCCUGGAGAGGAAACGGCUGCGGGAGCUGCUGGGGGAGGGGAACAUCCCGGAAAAACCCGGGAAUUCCGGGAAUUCCGCAUCCGGGAAUGCUGGGAAUUCGGGAUCUGGGAGAUUUGGCGGGAAAUCCACGAGGAAAUCCGGGAAUUCUGCCGGGAAAUCCGGGAAUUCCAAGAAGAAUGGCGGCAGCUGCAAAGGCAAUGCCAAGGGGAAAAGCAGUGGGAAUUCCCGGAAUUCCAAGAUCGGGAAUUCCCGGAGAUCUGAGCUCAGGAAUUCCCAGAUUUCCAACGUUGGGAAUUCCCGGAUUUCUGGGAUUGGGAUUGGUGGGAAUUCCCGAAUUUCUGAGGUUGAAAAUUCCCAGAUUUCCAAUGUUGGGAAUUCUCACAACUCCAAGCUUGGGAUUUGCCCGAAUUCUGGGAUUUCUGGGAUUGGAAAUUCCCAAAUUUCCAACAUUGGGAAUAUCCAGAUUUCUGCGGUCGAGAACUCCCAGAAUGCCAAGAUUGGCGGGAAUUCCCAAAUUUCCAAAGCUGGGAAUUCCCAGAUUUCUGAGCUUGGGAAUUCCCAGAUUUCCAGCGUUGGGAAAUCCCAGAAUUCCGCAAUUGGUGGGAAUUCCAAUGGUGAGAAUUCCCAGGAUUCCAAGCUCAGGAAUUCCCUGAUUUCCGGAAUUGGUGCAGAAUUCCCAGAUUUCUGAGGUUGGGAACUCCCAGAUUUCCAACGUUGGGAAUUCCCGGAUUUCCGAGGUUGGGAAUUCCCGGAUUUCCGAGGUUGG